AUGUCAACGCGCCGUAAUUUCUAUUCAUUAUCUGGUAGAAAAUCACAUACACAUGAAAAAUCAGGAACACAACAACAUUCUUGGAAAAACUUCUAUAGGUUGGAUGGUGAUCCUAUUGGACGUGGCUAUGCUGGCAAGGUUUACAAAGUAUUUGCGGACAACAUAAAUUUACUGGAAAUUUCAAGUUCAGACUAUCAGAAUUUUUCGACAAUUAUAUGUUCAGAAAAUUAUUUUGCCAAGCCUGGUGAAUAUUUUGCAUGUAAAGCGAUUCGCAGAUUCCGUGGAGGAAAAGAUACUUUCUCAAAAAUCACUUCUGAGAUACGAGCGAUGAUCAAUUUACAAAGCUAUUCAGGCCACUACUUUGAAAAUAGCAAUCUUGCUUGUACUGAUUCAUUCCUCAUUUCUAUCCAACCAGGCAAUCGAAUGGAUCCGCCGAAAUCCGCCUCACCUAAACUAUUUGCUGUUCACGAAGACUCAUUGGAAGUAGCAAUCGUUAUGGAAUACGCACAUGGAGGAUCAUUAUAUGAUUUAUGCGGAUAUGCCUACCGGAAUUGCAGUAUUCCCACGUCACCUAAAACAGAUCAUCAGUUUAUAAAGUCUCUUGUGGAUGGAUUACCUGAAGUAUAUGUUUGUCAAUUACUAGUUAGUAUUAUUGAAGCAUUGAUGUACAUGCACGAAUCUUUAAAAAUGGUUCAUCUUGACGUUAAGGCUGAAAAUGUAUUGUUACGUCAACCGUAUCCAUCAACUGAUGUCUUUCUAACAGACUUUGGUCUAGCAACUGUAUUAACUGAAGGGAAACAACAUCGUGAACUAGCAGGAACACCAGACUAUGUUGCUCCAGAAAUUAUCAACUAUGAUCCUAUCACAUUUGCUACAGAUAUGUGGUGA